UGCGGACUGCGGCCAUUUCUUAAACCGUUGAAUUUAGUGUCGUUAGGUUCAGUUUGUUAGACAAACUGUUUUAUUUCGAAAACAGGACACCUUUCUGUAGUUUCUUGGCUGGCUCACUCGCCAGUUUAAUCUCUUAAGAAUGGACCAAACAAGUCGAUACCAUGUGCUGCACAACGAGGAUGAUUCCUCUGAAGCUUCCAGCAGUGAGCAGCAACCCUCCGCCGCCACCCAGGCUGGUGCGUUGCAUGACCAAAGUCAGACACAGAGCAGUGUCCUCCCUGGCCCUCCUCCACCAGUGGAGGGUGCAGGUGCAGGUGGAGAUGCACCUCCACCUCCUUAUGCUUCCAUUGACCUAGGAGCAACUGCUGCUGUACCUGAGACCAGUUUCCAAAGUGACUUCCCAGUGCCACCACCCUACAGCGUGGCCACUUCAUUGCCCACAUACGAUGAAGCAGAAAAAGCAAAAGCCUCCUCCAUGGCUGCUUCCACUGUGGAAGUUAUCUCACGGGAGGAUGAAUUUCUUCCCAGAGAUGAUUUUAGUGAUACUGACCAACUGCGUGUCGGGAAUGAUGGAAUCUUCAUGCUGGCCUUCUUCAUGGCCUUCCUGUUUAACUGGAUCGGCUUCUGUUUGUCAUUCUGUUUGACCAACACCAUUGCAGGGCGCUACGGCGCCAUCUGUGGCUUUGGCCUCUCUCUUAUCAAGUGGAUUCUCAUUGUCAGGUUCUCUGACUACUUCACUGGCUACUUUAAUGGUCAGUGCUGGCUUUGUUGGAUCUUCCUGUUGCUUGGUCUACUGCUGUUCUUCAGAGGUUUUGUGAACUAUCUAAAAGUCCGCAACAUGUCAGAGAACAUGGUCUCUUCGCACAGAACACGCCUCUUCUUCCUGUAUUAACUAGUCCCCUCGUCAUUGCGCUCCAUUGAGAUGCCCUACAGCAGCCACCCACCCCCCAACCUCGAAUGAUCUGCCAGGCCAUUGUUGCAGUGAAGAGGAAGCAGGCAGCAAAGUAAAUGUAGAGAGAAAGGUAUAGUUUAAUGCAUAGCAAAUAGAUAUUGAUUUUCUCCAGAUAGCAAUGUUUGCCGGUCAGCCAAUUAACAUCUGAUCAAGUCUUACUCCAUCCAGGAUCUAGCACUUUCACCUUAAUGCGACUGGUGCCUACAUCCUAAACACCUUAGUCACUUUCACUUUGAUAAAUUUCAAGCAAUUUCUAAAUGUGGAUAUAGGACCAGGUUACCCAUCCUGUGGUUGCUUACUAUACAGGACUGAAAAGUUGAUUCUUGGCAACAGCGUGUUGAAUUAAACCUCACCUUAAUUUCUAGGGAGAACAAAAUAUCAUUUUAACGUGUAUUAACCAAAUGGUCCACAGGAUGAAUUUGAGGAUAUUAUUCCUUUCCUAUACAGCACCAGCCAAACUAUUAUUACUGUAGGUGGGCUACUACUGCUAUCAUUUCUAAUCAUAACAAAAUAGAAAGCUAUCCGACCUUAAGGCUGUUGGCGUGGGUGUUCUCACAGGUGAUCAAGCACUGCCUAUCAUCAGUGUCUCCUUAAAGUUGAACCAAACUCAGUUUUGUUUCUAAUACAUUAAAUGUGUUUGAAGGUAAAUGUUGAAAACAUGAAAACCAAACAAUUACAUACUGAAGUGUAUAUAAUUUUUUUUUCUUUUUUUUUUUUUCCACCAUCUCAGUAGGCCAGAUUUGUUUUUGGACAGGGAUAAAACCUACACCCCUGAUGUUAGAGGCUGGGGUGUAUACUUUCUAACAGGAGGACCUCCCACGUCAUAUAAACACCAAGCCCCUUAUUCCAUACGGUGGCCAUUUGGAAGAAUUGCCUCUUCCUCAUUAAUUAUAACCCUACCCAGCCAGUAAAACCAGUAUUGCAUGCUAUUAGCCAGCAAACAGCAUCGGCAGCCCCUUGACAAACCGACAGCGGAAGUCCGGCUCCCCAGCGCUGGGACAGUGAACCUCACAGUCAGGAAGAGGGGUGGGGGACGGGAGGAAUCAUCCAAGGGGACUGAUGCACAUCGCGCUACCAAGGCUGCUUAUGGUGUUUCCUUUGGUGGCCACAGAAGCGGCGGUGUGACUGUUGGUAAUGUAAUUGUGCCACUUCAGCGGCUGCAUCACUAUAACUUGUGAUUGUGCAAUCUCCACUCCUUUCCAUACAUUAGUGAUGAAACUGCAACUGGCGGUAGUCAGGGACACAAAAUGUGGUGGCCCUUAAAAGUAUAUAAAUCAGUCAUAUAUGAAUAUUGUUUUAAUUUCAGUCCCUCAAAAUGUUCAUUGGCUUCAUACCUAUUCAUAGGUAUAAAAUUUGCUGUCUAACUAUAUUUUAUAACAUCUGUUAUAAGUUCAAAGGGAAAUAUGAUAAGAUCUAAAUAGAGCUUUGAAUAAGUCAAUAAAUCAUCUUUUUUAUGCAUUAUUAUUAUGCAGAAAUGGAAGUUGGGUUAGAAUAAAAUACAAUCAGGAUACUAAGAAAGUGUGUCCGCCCCAUAAGUGUAUCUCAGUCAUGUAUGAAUAUUGUUUCAAUUUCAACCCCUCAAAAUGUUGAGCGGCUUUAUACCAAUCUAUAGAUAUAAAAAAUUAAUAUACUUUUAUGUUUUAUAGCAUCUAUGGACAAUAAAAGCAGUAUUAUUAUAUAAUACUAACUAAAAGGGACCAGCUGAUCAUCGACACAAACAUCUGUUCUAGGUUGAACAUUUUGGGAAGCAGGUCGUUCCAUGUGCUCCAAACAUCCAAAAUUAUUGACAGCUUGUGGCGUCUGAUGCUUUGGCCUUAAAAGUUAAUUUGACAAAAUCUAAAGUGGGACCUGAUCAAAGGCCUUCUCCAAUUCCAUAAAUGCAUUGCGCUUGAAGCUUCUCCUGCAGUUGCCUGACAAUGAAGAUAGCAUCUUCGUGACUUCAUCAGAUGCUCUUUUUAAAACAUCUUCAGGCACACCUCUGUCAAUCUUUCUUUUCCAUACCCUCAGCAUUCUGUAACAUUUUAAAGAGUGUUCUUAGUGGUAAGGGGAUGAUUGCAACACCUUUUAAACCUGUUACAACACACCCUGCUCCUGUGAACCAUUGUUUAACGCGCAUAGUGGUUUGGAAUUAGCAGGGGGAAAAUGUAUCACCAUUUACUCAAGAAACUACAACUUAACCUAAUAUAAGUCACAUAGUUUUAUCUGCAAGUACGAAACAAAGUAGUCAUGGCCCAAAAAUUUACUCUUACCAGAAAAUCAGUUUUUCUUCUCUAGAAUCUUCAUGCACGUAUAUCCAGCCGUGACAAUCACCAUGUGUGAUGACAGAGGAAGUGAGUAAAUACUGAAAUCAUCAUAUGACUCCUAUCUUAUCCCUGCUUGGUGGAAUUGGUGGCGUUACAACCAUACUUGGUCUCCCUACUUAUAUCUGCAUGCUAAGACUUGGAAAGUCUUUUGAUGAAAUAAAGCUAUAAUUUUAUUUUAUCGAAAAACAAACUCAUAAAAAUACGAAUGCUUUUCAUGUAAUGUAACAUAGUCAUACAAACGCACAACUCAUCUAACAAUCCUAAUCUGCCCAAAUAUUUGUGACAAUAAUAAAGUAUCAUGCAUUUAUUUGAAUAUGGUCCUUCGAGCAGCUCUACACUAUACAGAGAAAAUCCUAUUCGGGUCUAUGGCGCCACCUAUUGGUCAGAUCGUGAAAUCAACUUUUUUUUUCCUGAAUUGGAAUGCUCCAGAUGAGUAUUGUGACAGUCACAGGGAAAAUAUUAUACAUUCUGCUUACAGUAUAAUGAAAUAAAAUACAUUUCAUUGGGAGUCAAUGAGACAGGGCUUUGGCCUAUUAACCCCAUUGUGUGGGCAAUGUUCAAUGUUUAUUCUUAAUUGGUGGCGUGGUGUGAUGCAUGGUGCGAAUUUAAAGGGUAACCUUUGUGGCAAAAUAAAGGAAAAAAAGUGUCCAUUUAGACGCACAACUAAAAAAAAAAAUUGACAGUGAAAAUUCCAGGGGUCAGUUUGGUUCAACUUUAAAGUUAAAAAAAUAAAAUCUCAGCCACAUUUGCUGCUCCAGGAGGACAAGUUAGACGUGGACAGAAAGCAAGUUGUACAAAUCCUAUGCAAUGUAAUUAUUAUGAGUUGCAUCCAAUACUAAUUGUGGAUUAUAGUAAGUUUCUUUCGGCUCGUCCCUUUCGGGGUUGCCACAGUGUGUCAUCUCAGACGAAUGCACAUAUAUGUUUGGCACCAUUUUUACACCGGAUGCCCUUCCUGACGCAACCCUUCUCAGGGAGUGGAGGCCUCAGUGGGAUACGAACCCACAACCCCUGGUUUACCAAACCAGUGCUCUAAAAAAGUCAUAAAAGCAAUUGAAUUCUGAUGCAAAGGGUUGGCCAUAUGACUAAAAAUGUGACCGGCAGCCGAUUCUCUGUCGUUUUAUGAUUGUAUUUAAAUGUCCAUCCUUUCUUUUCAUGGAAGUGUUUGGUGGCAAUGGAAAACCCUAAAUGGCAUGAACUGCUAAUAUUUACUAGUUUGUAAUUUAAAAAAAAUAAAAUAAAAAAAAAAAGGUGAGAUCUCAUUGUUCAGUGUAAUCACAAGUGGUGAGAGCUGAGCCCAACUGGACAAAGUAAACCUCAACCUGAAAAUAAAAUGUAAAUACCAGCUUAAUACCAAUUCAUAUUUGCACUUUAAACUUCUGUACAGUAUGAUUUUUGAAUCUGCUUUACUUGAUGUGGUAGUGAAGCAGUAAAAAAAGAAAAAAAAUUAAACUGAUUUCCAUGUUUUUCAACUUGAAUUGUUGGUGUGAAAUACUGCUGUUUUUUUUUUCUAUUUCUUUGCACUUUUUACUUGUUUCCUUUAUCUGAGCUGUCUCUGUUUAAGUGUUUGCCAAACUCUUAAUCGCCCCCCCCCAGCCUUUUUCAGCUGUUUCCAAAUUUGCUGCAUGAUUUACGUGCUUAAAUGGUUAGUAGGGAUAUCAGGAGUUCAGUUUAUUCACAAAGCCAUGAACCAACACAAAGAACAAAUGAAAUACAUUUUUCAUUUUGUUAUUGCUUUAGCAAAUGUAACGCCAUUUAUUGUGACUGGAUUGAAUUAUGUCGAAAAUUGCCAAUAAAGUUUGAAGACAUACUGAUACUUUAUCUCCA